UUUCCACUUGCUCUCAAGAUCUUAGGCUCGGCUUUACGUGGGAAGAACAAAGAGGAGUGGACAAUGGCACCGGCUAAAGUCAACACCUGUCUUGUCGACACGGAUAUUCAGAAAGCAACUAGGUUUGCGCACGAUGGUUUAUCUAAGAAACAUAAAAGGUUAUUCUAUUUGUUAACUAGAGAAACUACAAGUUCGAGUAAGAACCUGAACAACGCCAUAUACACGCUUUCUGGAAGUGACUGGGACGUGGAGAAAGGGUUACAAACGCUAGCUGAUAUGGCUCUCAUCUCGAUAUCUGAGGGAGGAGAAAUCAUGAUGCACGGUUUGGUACAGUCAAUGUCUACAAGGUUACGUUGGAACAGGUAAGUUGUGGGAAGGGAAGAAUUUUUUUUGCUAAAACGUGCUGCGCAACAAUAAACAAAGAUUAGAUGCUUAGUGAGUUUAAGGUUUUUUUUUCCUACACUGUAUUUAUCUUUCUACCUGAUUAAAAUCACUUCCAAUGUUAUUGUAGAAACAUCAUCUUUAAAUUUUAUAAUGUACAACAUCGUUUUAUACUUGCCAAGGACGCAUUUAGUCAUCACCAUUCGAGCGCUAACUCUUUUAAUAUAAACAUCGUUGUAAUUUUUAAAUGAACAAAACCUAAGCCCACCGGGUUGAAAAUCCCUCCUCCAGAUUGGAGUGAGAUCCUUACAUAGUUCGAAAAGGUUCUCUCCACUUAUUAAGCUGGUGACGUGAUUUAACAUUGUCUAAUAAUGCUUUGAUUUUCUUUAAUCCUGCCCAAGGAUGUAAAUUUCCAUUAGGGUUUAGGCGAAGUUUGUGUUAUAGGAAAACCGUUACUCGCUCAAAUACAAAUUAAUAAACCGAAACAGAUGUUGGUGUUACAAAAAAAAAAAAAAAAAAAA